AUGAAAGUUGAGGCAAGCUGUCCGAUCGAGUUUCAAGGAAGUAUGGUUUCGUGCCUCAGUAGGCGGCAAGCAGUCAUUCAAGGAACGGACGUUAUCGACAACGUUUUUAUCGUGCGCUGUGAAGCACCACUGAACGAUAUGUUCGGCUUCGUGACUGAACUUAGGUCAGCCACGGAAGGCAAAGGCGAAUACACGAUGGAGUAUAGUCGAUAUUCGCCGGUCAGAGAGGAAGUCGCCCAAAAACUUAUCAAGGCUCACGUUGAAAACGAACAAGAGUCAGUAACGAAGAAGAAAAAAUAG